ACCACGCGGGGAAGCAGCGCUGUGAUUCAGGGCUCCCCUGGCCACUCCGGCUCCACGUCCAUGAGCCCAUCGGCAGCCCUGUCCACAGGGAAGCCAAUGGACAGCCACCCCAGCUACACGGACACCCCCGUGAGUGCCCCACGGACUCUGAGUGCAGUGGGGCCCCCCCUCAACGCCCUGGGUUCUCCAUAUCGAGUCAUCACAUCUGCCAUGGGCCCGCCGUCGGGAGCGCUAGCAGCGCCCCCAGGAAUCAAUCUGGUCGCCCCGCCCAGCUCCCAGCUAAAUGAGGUCAACAGUGUCAGCAUUUCAGAGGACAUCAAGCCCUUACCAGGGCUUCCUGGGAUUGGAAGCAUGAACUACCCAUCAACCAGCCCCGGAUCUCUGGUGAAACACAUCUGUGCCAUCUGUGGGGACAGAUCCUCAGGUACAUGUAGAAGCAGACGCCACUCUCGGGGGUCCUGUCCAGUGAGGGUCCCAGAGAUGGUGCCUGUUCCCUGCUCACCUGGCUACUUUGUACCCAAUGGAAGAAAAAGAGCCUUUUAGGGUCCAGCGUGGGGCCCAGGCUGUAAAUUUCUGUCACUGGAUUCAUAGCCUGAAAUCUGGAUGAAUUUUAAAUAUGAGUUCAUUUUUAAGGAUUGGAUUUAUAGGAAGCAUUUCAGAAACACGUCUUUGGAGUUACUGUGUUGCAUACCGUGUAUGUGGGAUAGUGAAGCUGUUGUAAUUAGCAAGUAUCUCUUUAAUUUUUUUAAAAAAUAUAUUUUUUUAUAAUUCUAAAAAUAUUGUCCCAGUGUAGGAAAUGUCCCAGUGUAGGAAAGAACUAGAAAAGCACAAAAGAAAACUAAAAAUAUUAUCUGUAAUGUUCCCGACAAAGAUAAAGACUUUACUAUUUUAGCAUAUUUCUUUCUACAACAUUCUAGGUUUUUAACAUGUUUUCAUGGAUAGAAAUCAGUGUGUUUUCACAGAUUUCAUCUUUUCUGAUCCUCUUCUAUUUUUGCCCAAAUGAUUUCUUUCCUGACUUCUCCUUCCUCUCCCUCACCCCCAAUCCCACCACUUUUGAGGACAUGAGAAUCUCUGUUUUGAUGAAUGAGAAGAUGGGGAAGGUUCUUUUCUAUGGCUGUCAUAGUAGUCGACUGAGGAUUCCUCAUCUUCCUGUUGUCACCAAAGCCACUGCAAAAUGCACUCCAUCGAAAGUUCCUGGUGCCUGGAACUGACUUCGCUAUGUGGCUGUUGUUUGCUUGCUCUCACAAAGUGGUUGCCAAAUUGUGCGGACUUGGCCAUUGCCAUAGCAACAGAAGGCCGGCCACACCCAAGCAGAGUUUCCUCUGCUAUGGCUUGUUUGAAAGUCUGGGAGGUUCACUCAAAAAUGGGAGAGUCAUGGGAAUGACAUGGAGGUACCAUGUUUCUCAAAGACAAAUACUUCAGAGUUGAGAGCAUUAGGAUUUUAAGGUCCAAGAUAAAAUCCCAUACUUAUUAUUGCUAUGCAUUCAGUGGAUUGGUGUGGUCAACUGAUUAAGCCCAGACUGGCUUCAUCAGGCAGGCUAUCUGGAGCUGGCUUCCUCUGACAUGUCAGCUCUUGGGAUGCAGAUUUGUAUGUUGACUAGUUCUCAAGGACUUCUUCACGUUCACUUUUAUAUCAGCCUAAAUAUAACUGAAGUAGAAAGUAAUGUCAGGUCUACAGCUCAACAGCAUCACGUAUUACACUGAAGAAUUAGAGGUAAAUAUAUUUCAAAUGAUCUGCUUCCUUCUAUUUUCCAAGUCCCACCUUCAGUUCAAUUGAGCACUGCUGCCUGGUGUGUAGAUUUGAGAAGGGCUGCUUAGAAGGAGCUGUGACUGAUUCUUGGUGCCCAUGUCCAGUGAGUGUGGCGGCUCUCUUGACACAAAUUAGCCGUCCGUGGCUGGGCUCAUUGAAAACUGUGUGGAACACGUAAUAAAGACAAUGGAACAUGUAACAGGAUAUUCUAGACCAAGCAAAACCACCUUCCAUCAGAUCUUUAUGUUACAAGACUGCACGUCCUUUUAUGCUCUAAAGAUCAUAUACCAAUUUAUUUCUCCAACAGGCACGAGCAUCUAGAAAAUCCAUAACUCAGGUUCCCGUUCCUAGUCUGUGGUGAAAGAGAAUACUUCUCAAUGGGGCUCCCAUGUCUUUGGGCCUCAAUUAUGGGGAAAUAUUAGUGAAGCUGAGGUUUUUCUUUUUUUUUUCCUGCUAGAUACUACAUAGCAAGCGUAAAUAUUUUUAUUUAUUAUGUAUACUAAUGUCUUGAAUGGAGACAGAACAUUUUGCUUAACUAAACACAAGAGUUGCCUUAAUAAAAUAAAUGUAAACAAAAUCUUGGGUCAGGACUUUUCUAAUCGUGCUCUCUGGAA